AUGUGGCGAUGGUUGUCCCGCUGCGUUCCUGGCAUCAGCAUCAUCGUCUUGCUGUUGCUGCUCGUCUUCGCCUUUCCUGACACCGCCAAGUGGUCGCCCAGCUUGCCCUGGCCGGGUCGAGUGCCGCCGACGACGCCGGUCGACAAUGGCUCAGGGAAGACUCCGCCUCCAUUGAGCCUGGCGCAGAAGCUCUUUAUCGCGUACACGCUCAUCGUCCACGUCAAUGCCCAGACCUUCGCCAUGCGCCUCUCAUGGGCGCUGUGCCGCCUGCUGAAGGAGACCCGGGCCGUGUUGCGACGACGACCGUCUGCCAAGACCAUUGCCGGCCCGGAUGGGAGUGAGACACCGCAGUUCGCCGACAGUCCGCUGGCGACGCCGACAUCCACGUCCUCGCCGGAACUGACGUUUGACGACCUGGGCCGACUGGAGGAAGGCGAGGAUGGCGAGGUGGUGCACGCCAUCAUCCUGCCCAACUACUGCGAGGACCUCGACACGUUGCAGACCACGUUGAGCGUGCUUGCCAGUCAUCCCCGGGCGGCCACCCAGUACGAGGUUUAUCUCGCGAUGGAGCAGAAGGAGACCAAGGCCCCCGAGAAGGCAGCAACCCUGAUCUCCAUGUUUCAAGGCCAGUUCCGGGAUAUCUGCGGCACGUUCCACCCGGCCGGUCUGCCGGGCGAGAUUGCCGGCAAGAGUUCCAAUGUUGCCUUUGCCGCCCGGCACAUUAUCGACGCGCACCGGCGCGAUGAAACCGUGAAUCCGCGGGACGUCAUCAUCACGGUCAUGGAUGCCGAUACCCAUCUCUCGCAGGACUAUUUCACCGAAAUCCGGCGGCUCCACUACCGACACAUCGACGAGGCGGACCGCUCAUUCUAUGCCUCGCCCAUCAUCUUCGAUCGGAACUCGAAUGAGGUGCCUGUCUUCGUGCGCUGUGCGGAUCUCAUGUGGGGGUUUGCCGGAUUGUCGGCCAUGUAUCCCGGAAGCCCAAUCACCAUCCCCACGUCCGUCUACUCGCUGCCGCUGGUCCUCGCGGAGAAGGUUGGUGGGUGGGAUGGUGAUCCCACGGCGAUUGGCGAGGACAUGCACAUGCUGCUCAAAUGCUACUUCCAAACGGGCGGUGACAUUAUUUCUCGGGUGAUCUACACCCCGGCCAGCCAGUGCAACGUCUCCAGCAACGACGGCGAAGGCUGGCGGCGUUCGCUGGCGACCUGCAUGGCUCGGUAUCGCCAGGCGCUGCGGCACAUGUGGGGAGCGCUGGACACGGGCUUUGCCGUGCGGCAGAGCCUGGGCCGGCUGACGGGCAAGGGGCAGCCGCGAAUGCGCCUGCGGCUACGACACCUGGUGCUGUUCCAUCUGUUGUGGGAAGCCCAUUUCCUUCCGUGCCAUUUCACCAUCUUGCUGCUCUUCUCUUCUAUCUACACCUUUGUGACGCCGCCAUCGCAGAUCCACCCGAUGCUGGCCUGGACCUUCUGGUUCACGGGCGUGCUGCGAGCGGUGUCGUUUGUCUGGAUGAACAUCUGCCUGACGCUGUACGACCGCUGGCAUGCGCUGUGUGUCAGCGCGCGCGCCCGGGACAUGGCGCGGGCCGGGCUGUUGGAUGCGGGAUUCUCGUUCCGGACGUGGUGGCAUGGGAAGCACCUCAUCGAGCGGUUGUGCUUCCCUAUUGCCGGAACGAUAUUCGGAUCGAUUCCGUCGGUGCAUGCUGAGAUUUCGCAUUUCUGGACCGAACGGCUGGUAUACCGGGUCAGCAAGAAGCCGACUUUCACCACCAAAAUGACUGCCGCGUUUCCCGCGUAG